AUGGCAGAGCCGUCGCCAUCUUGCAAAGAGAUAUCGCAGAAGGCGCAAGAAGCUCUUCUAGCCAAAAUCCCGUCAGAAUGGCGGAUUCCCAGUUCGAUUCUUUCCAACUUGCCGCGGAAUGUCAAGCCGGUGUUCAAGUCCGCUGGGAUCCUGACUCCGCAAGAACUCGACAUCACCGAUGCAACCGAUGCCACUACUAUCCUUGAGAAGAUCCGAUCGAGAACAUGGUCUGCCAGAGAAGUGACGGUGGCGUUUUGCAAACGGGCCGCCAUGGCCCAGCAACUGGUCAAAUGCCUGAUGGACAUUGAUUUCGAGGGCGCCAUCAAGCGUGCCAUGGAGCUGGAUGAAAUCAUGGAGAAGACGGGUCAACCGGUAGGCCCGUUGCACGGGUUGCCAGUCAGCAUAAAGGAUCUCACCAUCGUCAAAGGGAUGCACUACUCGCUCGGGCUUGCAGCAUGGCAUGAUCGGAAAUCUGAUGAUGAUGCUGUGGCGGUGAAAUCACUGCGCAAGGCCGGGGCCGUGGUCUACGUCAAGACGACCAUGCCACAGACGGGAAUGGCUCUGGAAACCACAUCGAACCUUUGGGGCCGCACCUUGAACCCGGCCAACACCAACCUCAGUGCUGGCGGCUCCUCGGGCGGCGAAGGCGCCUUGAAUGCCUGUCAUGGCGCCCCGAUCGGCAUCGCCACUGACAUUGGCGGGUCAAUUCGUGCCCCGGCCGCCUUCAACGGGCUGUAUGGCAUCAAGCCGACUUCACGACGUUGCAGUUACCUGGGCAAUACCAUUCCGGUGCCUGGCCAAAUUGCCAUUCCGUCGGCCAUUGGGCCGAUGGGUCGAAGUUUGCGCGACUUGGAGCUGAUCUGUGAGACCUGGCUGCAAGACCGUCCCUGGUAUGCCGAUCCCUCGGUCGUGCCCUUGCCAUGGGUGAGACAACCCGCGCCCCAAAAGGCCACCAUUGGCGUUCUGUGGUUCGAUGAGGUCGUCAUGCCACAUCCCCCGGUGCGUCGGGCCUUGCGGGAAACCGUGGACAAACUGAAAGCGGCGGGACAUGAAAUUGUCGACUUCAAGCCCUACAAGCACAGCUAUUCUUGGGAUGUGACGCUCCCCCUCUAUUUUCCCACCGCGGCUCGUCAGUUGAAAGAAAUCCUGGCCCAGGUCGGAGACACCAUGAUUCCGAGUGUGCAACAGCUCAGCAAGGGAACCAAGGAAUUGACUGUGCCUGAACUCAUGAAAUUCCAAGCGGCGCAAGUGUCUUUCCAACAAGAGUAUCUACGACACUGGAACGAGACGGCCUCUUUGACCUCGACGGGACAGCCGGUGGACGCCAUUCUUUGCCCCAGCGCGGCAUGUGCCAGUUUCCCCCAUGAUUUCUUACCGUGGUGGGGCUACUUCUCGGUCUGGAAUCUGUUGAACUACCCGGCUAUGAUCCUGCCCGCGGGCACGGUGAACAAGGAGAUUGAUGUGGCCGACCAAGGCUACGUCCCCGUCACCGACUGGGACAAAGCCAACCACGAGGUUUACGAUCCGGAGUUGUUCGAUGGAGCGCCCAUCAGUCUGCAACUCGUGGGAAGAUACUUGGAAGAGGAAAAGCUGUUCGCGGUUGCGAAUGCCGUCGAUCGGGAUGCUCUUCAGGGGCGAGUCUGA